AUGGCUGGUGGAGCGGGAAAGGUGGCACACUCUGCUUACAAGGGACCAAGCAUAAUCAAAGAGAUCAUCUACGGCAUCUCCUUAGGGCUGGCUGCUGGAGGGUUGUGGAAGAUGCACCACUGGAAUAACCAGAGACGGACCAGGGAGUUCUACGAUCUCCUGGAGAAAGGCGUCAUCAGCGUUGUUGUCGAAGAUGAAUGA